UCGGAGGCGGGCGGCUGCGCCCGCGGCAGACGCGCAGCCCCGCCGCGACAUGGCCGGCCGCCGCCUCCUGGGGCUCCUCGCCGCCGCCGCCGCGCUGCUGGGCGCAGGCCACGGGGAUGACCUAGGUGACUUUAAUCUAGAAGAUGCUCUGUAUGGCCUCACCACCAAACGACCAACUCCCAAGGCGCCCCCGAAGCCGGCAGGAGGGAGAGAGUUGGAUUUGGCCGAUUACUUCGACGCCCCACUGGAGACGACGACCAAACCGGCGAAGCCGACUGCUAAGCCCUACCCCAAGAAGCCAGACAACAGCCUGUGGGACGUCGUCCGCACCACCACAACCAAGCAGCCAAAAACGACGAGGGCCCCCCCCAGGCACAAGCCAGCAAAGGAUCCCAUGGAUUUCGACUUGGCCGAUGCCAUUGACCAGAAUGAUGGGAAAGGCAAGGAGAGGCCCAACGUACAGCCCGGUGAAGCAUUUUCUGACGACGACCUGGCUGGGGUGGUGGAUGGAGGCUACAGCCCCGACAAGAAGGGGGCCGGCGGCGACGCCCAGGGCGGCCACGACACAGGCAGCGUCGCGGAGACGGGGACGAUCGCCGGCAUAGCCAGCGCCCUCGCCAUGGCGCUCAUCGGCGCCGUCUCCAGCUACAUCUCCUACCAGCAGAAGAAGUUCUGCUUCAGCAUCCAACAGGGACUUAAUGCGGAAUAUGUGAAAGGAGAAAACAUGGAAGCGGUUGUGAGCGAAGAACCUCAAGUUAAAUAUUCAGUACUGGAAACACAGUCAGCAGAACCACCAAAACAAGACAGCGCGAAGCUCUGAAGCAUGACCCGGCGCUAGAAGGACAUCAGUCAGCAGCAAACAUGGAGAUCUUACAUGCUUGUAAUUUAGCUUUUUAUUUAAUUUGAAUCCAAAGCUAUUUAAUGUGUACUUAGGCUUGAACUGGCUUCUUACUGCUAUAGGCUUUAGGGUUAGAACAGUAAUAUGUGUUUAUUUUUUGUAAAGACUUCUGUGUUUACAUUGAAGUAAUAUUGUAGGUAUGAUUUCAAGUUGUAUGCAAAACAACCCAAGGUGCUUCAACAGUGUUUAACUAUCAGUUAAGGGACAAGGUCUUUUCCAAGGAACAGAACAACUUACAGGUGUGAGGACAGUGAAGUGCCUGUAAAUAGCAAUCCAAAGCAAACCAUGCAAAACCCUUUGUAAAGCACUUCCAGUCGACUCCAGCCGUCUGCUCCAGGCACGUAACUUCCAAUGGCAGUGAUGAACAGCGCACAUUUGCUGAGGGCAGAUUGUGCUCCUUAAAGUAGCUACACCUAAAAAUAAAGUGCCUAUGGGUAGGUCCUCAGGUAGGGCCUCAGGCUGAGACAGGUGACACCCUGCUUUUUAUUCGAGGAGUGGAGGAUGCUCACAACCACACAGCACUGGGCUUCUAACCAAAUAAAAGGACCUGAUUUUCAUCCCAAACCAUAAAUACAGGUAAUAGCAGUGUAUGCAGUGUUCAUUUUUGGCAAAUACCAUUUGAAGGCAUAGCUAUGCCAGAGGUCAGAUUGGAGUCGAAGUUACAAAGUGAUGUCAUCAGUGAGAUACUUCUAUUGUCACUGAAAUGAAAUGAAAACUGUGUUUGUUUGUAUGCUUCCAAGGACAGAUUCAGAUCUCAUUCGUACCAGAGAAAAUUACAGAUUUAACCCAAAAGAAAAUAAAGAGCACAUCAGUUGAGACCUGUAACACUCACUGCCACAAGAGAAGUCAACCUCGGCAAGAUACAGUCCCCCCACCCCCUCCUGCAAGCCUUCACACAACUCUCAAGAACACUCACUGUCACCUUAGGCAGAAAAGGGAGAUAAAGCUUUGUCCUUUGGGACACCAGCUAACCUUUAGAAAAGGCAGAAUUUCCUAAGAGGAGGGAUUUUCCAUCUCUGUCCUCUGUGGGGUUCCUCCAGUGGCCCGGGAAGCCUGCGGCCGUGAGCGUUGUCAGCAGGACACUGCGCCGUUGCGGGGAGAGCCUGCCGGCCCCGGGCCGGUGUUCCCACGCUCCUGCUCAAUGUCACGGUUCCGACACUACGACCUGACCUUUGCUGCAAGAAUCGCGCUUAUACUUUUAAUCCCUCCCCGUCUCUUUUUUAUUGAUGCUAAAAUGCAGACACUGCUACUUACCAAUACAUUUUCCCAAAACAGCGAAUGCUUAAAAAAUGCUUUAGAGUAAGGGAAAAUUCACUUUACCUAGUGUAAGAGGUAUUCUGUGUUUAUAUAUAAACCUGAAAUGUCUGCAUUUUUGUAGUGUUUUGCAAAAACAUGUAUUGCGUGAAUGUGGAUAAAAAGUGUUUUCCGUCUGAUGUACAAAUUCACAGCUUUCACGUAGACAUGACUUACACAAGGCCUUGCCAAUAGGUGAAUAAGCCUAGGAGCAUUUCUGUCUAACAGCUCAAUUUGAGAGGAAAUUGCCUUGUAACAUUACAAGUAUUUUGCAAUAGCUGCACGAUCCUUUAAGUUGUUUCUCACACUUGCAUUUUCAAAGCCUUACACUAGCUCUGACAGAACAACUACAGCAUUUUAUAACAGAGACAAGUUCUAAGGAUAUAUGGUGCCUCUCAUGCCUUUGGAACACUUGGGCCAAUACUGCUAUUAAUUACUGCUACUUUAUGAAUGGAUUUGGAUUAGAAAACAAAACACUUACCUACUGGUUUCUCUGAGACUGGAAGCAGAAGAAAUAGAUAUGGAAUACAGAAUACAUGUUUGCUUACUCCUAGAGUAGGAUUUUUACGCAGGAGGAGAUGUGGGUUGUAGAAUUCUGAUCACCACGUGUAAGAGCUCAGAUGCCGAUGAAGCACCUGGGUCUGGGUAACUACAUCUCCAAACACUGUAGCCUGUUCUUCUUUCUUAGCCAAACAUAUUUGAUGGCUGUGGCAUGAAAACAUUUUUAGAAAAUAAUUGUAGAUAAAACGUUAAAACAUGGCAUUGAUAAACACUAGGAGUCAUAUUCCCUGGGUAGAUCAAGUGAACAUAAUUCCAUUUCUCUUUUUGCUGCUGAGAGAAUGUUUUUUGCAGAUGCAGAUCAUCAAUUUUGUUGCAUUUGUUGCUGCACAGUGCACUCCCUGCUUGUCUAGUGGACAGUGCAGUGAAGUGUUCAGGAUUGCUCAAGUCUACAGCACUUACCCCUCCUGUGGGAAAGGGUUAAACUAGAAUGUAUGAGAAGCAUGCAUGUAAUUCACAAUAUUGCUGUUUUUCAAAAAAGAGGAAAAAAAGCCAGUUUCACUGAGAAAAAUACCAGUUUUUAGAAUUCAGAAGUAGACUGCACUGAAGUUGCUCCUUUCCCCAAGGCCUUUUCUAUGACUUUGGUGAAUACUUAUGCCUUAAUGUAAUUUCUAGGUAUAGCGUAAGGAAAAAUGUAAAUGCCCAGUGAAAGGGAGCACUUUCAAGAUUUCCUUCUCCAAGAUUUCUAACAGGAAAAUAUUGACAAAUACUGCAGUAAAGAAGUUAAACUCAGUCUUCUCUUCAAAACAACUGGGCAACUUAAGGCUUCAUGUCCUAAAUGUUAGUUAAGGCUCAAUUGCUUUUUUAUUGCAGUUUAUUUCCUUCUCUGUCUGAACUGUCUGCUCAGUGUCUGAAAAAUGGGUUUAUACUUCACACCAUCUGUAUUUCAGGCAUUAUAGCAACUGGUUCAUUUGUAUUUUCCUAGUAAUGAUGCAAGUUCUGAGAAAACUGAUACAGCAUUCACCUCUCUAACCUUCAUUUAAUUAGUAUUUCUUAUCUUUAAAUCCAGAUAUGGAUUUUUAAAAAAUCUUGCACUUAUAUUCUGUACACAUGGUGUGAGCUUUCUCAUCCUGUAUAAAAAAAAGACAAUAAAACACUGGAAAACUAGGAUUUUUUUCAUUAGUCCAAAAGUACAGAUACAGCUGUCCUGAGAGUUUACGUACCACCUGUUCUGUGGCUCUUUCUUAUAACAUGCCUCACUUCUUCAGAUUAACUAACGCUAUUUCUAAUGAAAAAAAUUCAGAAACAGGUUUCUCCAUUAUAUAGAAAACAGAGAAUUGAUAAGCACUUAACCAGCUCUUUUGCUGUUGUUUAUUAGAUGAAUUACUCACAUUUUCCUCUGGCCAUACUGUAGCAGUUUCUUCAUUUCAGAAUACUGUGACAUUAGAUUCUUCAUUUCAGAAUAUUGCGACAUUAACUUCAGAUUUUUGGUGGGCACUACAAGUUUAGCCAUUUUCAUGCAACCCCAUUAAGGAACCCUUACAAGUGCUGUACUAUCAGUCUUAACUACUCAUUUAUUGUCAUAAAAAUGGAGUUAGUCCGUGAGACCAUUUCAAAUUCUGAAAAAUUAAAAUGUGUAGACAGGCUUGGCCCUUAAAAUUUGCCUCUAUAACAGAUGAGCUUCAGGAACAAAUGAAGUUCAGAAACAAUGGCACUGCUAAAUUAAAGAAUUACAUCUUUACAGUGAAAUCUUCAUUUAAAAGCAAGACAUUGUUUAUUAAUGCAGAAGUGAUCUAUACCAAAUGAAGGUUUAAUAUUAUGCUGUGAAAAGACAGAUUCGUUUUGCUAAUGUGCAUGCAAGGAUCAUGGGGGUAAAAAUCAGAAUUUGACUACCAUUGAAAAACAACAAAUAAAACAGACUUGACUAGUAA